AUGGGGUCACAAAUUGAUUCACAAGACGAGUUCACGGUGCUCGUCACUGGCUUCGGCCCUUUCAAAGCCCAAUACCCCGUAAACCCCUCCUGGGAAAUCGCCCACUCUCUCCCAGCAUACCUCCCGCCCCUCCGCGCCAAGAACCCAAAAGAUCACCACUCUUCAACCUCACCCUCCAUCUCGUCCUCCUCUCGGCCCCCCCCGCCGGUCCGGAUCCUUGUGCACCCUGAAGCCAUCCGUGUAAACUACCAAAACGUCCGCCGCCUGGUGCCCCAGCUAUGGGACCCGGCAAUCCAUCCGCGCAUCGACGCGACCGUCCACAUCGGCAUGGCGGGACCGCGGCUAUUCUACUCGAUUGAGCGCCGCGGUCACCGGGACGGCUACGCUUUCCCUGACGUUGACGGGAAGAAGCUCGAGGACGAGGAUAGGCGGAGGGAAGAGGGCGAGAAUUGGGUGUGGUACGGCAUGCCGUCUGAGAUUGAGACGGGGUUGGAUUUGGCGGAUGUGUUGGAGCGGUGGAAGGAUCAUAGCCCGGAGGGAUCCGACCUUCGUAUAUCUGAAGACGCGGGACACUACCUCUGCGACUUCAUCUACUUUUCCAGCCUGGCGCAUCUGUGGAAGGCACAGAAGCACCGCAGGGUGACGUUUCUUCACGUCCCGUCCGACGCAUCCGAGGCGUCCGUCUCCAGAGGUACCGAGCUGGCGAUUCAGUUGAUUCGGUCUAUCGCCGAGAGCGAGCUGAGUCGCAGACGUAAAGCAGGCGAGGAGGAAGUCGUGAGUAAGGAUGAUAAGAUUGCGGUUGAGCUGCGGGUAUGA